AUGGCCCCAGCAGUCUCCGCCCUCUCGCAAACCCUGCAGUCCCUGACUCAGAGCAAAAUUCGCGAGCUCGAGAAACGACGCAAGAGCUAUGAGGCUCGCAAGCUUGCCAUCCUAGAGGCGGCCCAGUCCACUCAGGACCCUCGUCGGCGACUCAAAUACCUGCUCAAUGGAGCAAAAGUGCUCUACCCGUCAGCGGCUACUGAUCCCACUAUGGCCAACAUUGAGCGGUGGAUCCAUCAAUCAAGCUACGACUCGUCAAUCCCGCCACAAAAGCUGCAUGAAUUUGAGACUGAGCUUCUCAGGAAACUCAACAUCCAGAGCCGAAAGCUAGACCUCGCUGACCUGUACUCGCGGCUGCUGACGGAGUGGGUAGACCCGCCUGUCGCGGCCCGGGAUGAGAGCGAGAUGGCGGUCGACGACGACUACAUGGUCGUGGAUGAGCGACAAAAGCAGCGUUUGCAGCAACUGUGCGAUCAAUUCGACACGUCCGUGUUCGAGCCGUUGGAGACAGACGAAGGGCGGAUCCGGGCCUUCCUCGAUGACUUAUUUCCGGACGAGGAGAGUAUGGAAGCCUUGGGCAAUCUUCGCAGGCAGCUCAGGGACUCUACAAUGUCAUUGUGGAAAGUAAAAGAGCCUUUCACCUCGCAAUCUGUGGAGUAUUGUGUGCGUGGACUCUUGAAUGAAGAGCUUCUCAGUGAGGAGAAGCGGGAAAUUAUGAAUUCGUUUCUGAAGACACCGGUCGCUUUAACUGAGAUUGCUGAUGUGCUGAAUAUGCGAUACAGUGAUAUCGAAAACUGGGCCUGGCAUGCUGGGGAGAAUGGAAUCCCUGUUGUUCCGAGGCAGCAGGCAAAUGGAAAGUAUCGCAUUUGGAUGGACGAGGAUCUCCUGCAGUUAAUUUUUCUGCAGUAUAUCGGGACGCGACAUUGUAAUAUUUUGAAGCUGCUAUUAUUGAAAUUUGUCCAACAGGACUCGGUGUGGAACUGGAAACCCGAGCGACAGAUGACGACACGCGAUCGCCUUCGACGGAAAUUUUACAUGAGUGGUGACAGUACAUAUUCAACUGCCGAGGAGUUGCGAUUCACGGAGUACCUGGAGACAUACUUCUUGUCGCAGCUUCCAAAAACAGAGCAAACAUUGAGUGAGAAGGGCAAUUCGUAUGAUGAUGACAAUGAGAAUGCUGGAACAAGCUCAACGAGGCACGAAGGGAAAAAUUUCCGACAGCAGCUGCUAAGGAAAAUUGCCACGGAGGCGCUUGUCCGGCGACACCUGCACGGCGCAGCAGUGGUGAUUCAGUCCGACAUGAAAUGGUACGCCACCUGUCUGCCUCACAGUACAAUCGUCAUUAUCAUGAAGUAUAUUGGCUUCCCGCAAAACUGGAUCGACUUCUAUCGCCGUUACCUGGAAGCACCCCUGAACAUGGACAGCUCCUAUGAAGGACGUGAACCAGUUGGACCCCGCAUCAGGAAGCGGGGGAUCCCAUUCUCGCAUGCCGCUGAGAAACUGCUUGGAGAAAUGAUCCUCUUUUUUAUGGAUUUAGCAGUAAAUCGUGAAACAGGUUUGCUCUUAUACCGCCUGCAUGAUGACUUAUGGCUGUGCGGCGAGCCAGCCAAGUGUGUGCGAGCUUGGGAAGUGAUGGGUGAAUUCGCCAAGGUCACAGGGCUGGAAUUUAAUUACAGCAAAACUGGAUCGGCUUAUCUGGCUGAGUCCAAAAGUCCCAGAAUCGCUGCCCAGCUGCCGAAGGGCUCAGUGACAUUUGGGUUUCUGAAACUGGAUGCAGACACCGAGGAGUGGGUGAUUGAUGAGACCCUUGUCGAUGCGCACGUUCGACAACUCAAACAUCAACUGGAUCGCUGUGAUAGUGUAAUAUCUUGGGUCCGCACAUGGAACAGUUGCAUCGGAAGAUUCUUUAAGAAUACUUUCGGUCAGCCUGCCUACUGCUUUGGAGAGCCACAUGUCCGUGCCAUUCUGACCACGUACAAGAAGAUCCAAGAUACGAUAUUGGAUAGCUCGAUUUCAGGGAGCACAAGUAUUCCGGAACACCUGCGAGCAAUGAUCACGAGGCGGUUUGGCGAGACUGAGAUUCCUGAUGCUUUCUUUUUCUUCCCUGAAGAGCUAGGUGGACUUGGCUUACGCAAUCCCUUCACGUCCGUGCUCCUCGUUGAGGGUAUCAUGAGUGGCCCACCGCUAGCGAGGAUAAAGCAAUUCCUAGACGAAGAGAAGAAUUUGUAUGCCCAGCGGAAAAAGGAGUUCGAAGACUUGAGUGUUCAACGCCGGCGAAAGAUGCUAGCAAUCUGUGCUUCUAUUGCAGAUCUCGAAGGAGACUUGGUCACCGAGCGGGAAGUCCAUACGUUCAUGUCAUUCGAGGAAUUUUCUCGAUUCCGCGAAUCCCAAAGCAGCGGUCUCAGACGGAUGUAUAUCGAUUUGAUGUGCGUUCCAACAAUGCAGCCAAUUGAUGAAACACGAGAGCUUAGGAGAGCUCUCCAGGAAACACUCACACAUGAGCAAGUCGGCAAGCUGGACAGUGAAGAGUUGUGGCAUUUGCAAUUGUAUGCGGGAGAGGUGCUAGAAAGACUAGGAGGGAUCAGGCUGGUGGAUCAGAAGUUCCUGCCUGUCGGAGUGUUAGGGAUGGUGAAGGAAACUCGAGUCAAGUGGCAAAUGGUGCUCUGA